AACCAAACCCAAACCCAAACCCAAACCUGGCCCGAUCUGUUUGAGACUCGUAAUGAUCCCAAUUCCCAUUAUAAGUUUCCUUUACAGUUUUAGUUUCCUACUCCUUUAGUGAGUUACUGAGUACCGAGUGAUUCUUUCUAAAAAAAAGCUAAGAAAAUUUCUCCUCUUGAAGAAAACAAUGCCCAAUUCCAAAUGUCGAAGUAUACCCAGAUCCUCUAUUGUAAAAACAGCAGUUUUAUACAGUGCAGCAAUUUUGGUUUUUCUAAUGAACACAACACAAGGAAGAAGAGAAGAUGAUACAAAAAUGGCAACAAUUUCAUACAGAGCAGUAAACUGCAGAAAACACAGUGCAAUUUUGACUGAAUUUGGGGCCAAAGGAGAUGGAAACACAUUGAAUACAAAGGCAUUUAAGUCCGCCAUUAAACACCUGUCAAAAGUUGCCUCUGAUGGUGGGGCCCAACUUAUAAUUCCUCCUGGAAAAUGGUUAACUGGUAGUUUUUCGCUCAUUAGUCACUUCACUCUUUUUCUUCAGAAAGAUGCUGUUCUUCUUGCUUCUCAGGAUUUGAAAGACUGGCCGGUUCUUCCACCAUUGCCAUCUUAUGGUAAAGGAAGAGAUGCCCCUGCUGGACGUUACCAAAGUCUCAUCUUUGGAACCAACCUUACUGAUGUUGUUAUUACAGGUGCAAAUGGGACAAUUGAUGGGCAAGGUGAAGUAUGGUGGAAGAGAUAUAGGAGUAAUGAGCUAAGUGAGACAAGGCCUUACAUGAUAGAGCUCAUGUUCUCUAACAAAGUCCAAAUCUCUGAUAUCACUUUGCUCAAUUCCCCUAAUUGGAAUGUCCACCCUGUUUAUUGCAGAGAUGUGAUAAUUCGAGGAUUAACUAUUCUUGCACCUACUCAUUCUGCUAACACGGAUGGUAUUGAUCCAGAUUCUUGCACAAAUGUUAGAAUAGAGAACAACUACAUAGUCUCCGGGGAUGACUGCAUAGCAAUCAAGAGUGGGUGGGAUGAGUAUGGAAUCCGCUUCAACAUGCCAACACAAAACGUAAUCAUUCGCCACCUUACAUGUAUCUCUCCAACGAGUGCCACCAUCGCGCUAGGGAGCGAGAUGUCGGGUGGGAUCCGCAAUGUACGGGCCGAGCACAUAACUGCCAUCGACACAGAGUCAGCAGUCCGAAUCAAGAGCUCCCCAGGUAGGGGUGCCUAUGUCAAAGACAUCUUUGUAAGGAAAAUGAAAAUGAGGACAAUGAAAUAUGUUUUCUGGAUGACCGGCUAUUAUAGGUCAGACCCUGAUCCGUUCUUCAACCCACAAGCCCUACCGGACAUCGAGAAUAUUAACUAUAGAGACAUGAUAGCAGAAAAUGUGACCAUGCCAGGGUAUUUGGAGGGGAUAAAGGGGGAUGCUUUUAAGGGGAUCUGCAUGUCGAAUAUUACAAUUGGAUUGGCCGAAAACCCUAAGGAAAUGUUGUGGAACUGUACAAAUAUUGAAGGUGUUACGAGUCGGGUCAAGCCUCGGGCUUGUGGGCUGCUAAAGGAGCAUAAAAAUGUUGAAUGCCCUUUCCCUAAGGAUAGGUUGCCCAUUGAAAAGGUGAAGUUCAAGAAUUGCUUAGUUCAUGCUAUUGUAGCAUAAGAUAUAUGUAAGUUGGCUUACUUUGGUUGAUUGUCUUGUUUACCUAGUUUUCAUUUAUGAAUGUAAUGCCUAAAUAUGUGAUGUUAGUCGAGCUCCAACUUGAUUUAAUGAGGAACUUAGCUUUGCAUGAGUGCCUAAUUUUAGGCUUUAAAAGUGAAUUCAUCUAAUAAACUUCUUUUUAGUUUGGUACC